GUGGAGAAAAUAAAAAAUCUUCGUUCGAAAAGCUGAACAAUGGUGACUCGGAAAGGGCUCAAGAAGGUUCAUAAGGAGCAGGUUGAGCAACUGGUCAGUGGCAUGGCUAACAUUUCUAUGAAUAAUGAGGAGGAGGCAGGAAAAAUGUUGUCUUUGUCUGCGGUUUAUUCGAGGGAAGAAGAGCUGAUGAAGAUGAAGAUGGAGGUUCGGGAGAAGGUUGAAGCUCAUCUGCGACGCGUAGAGGAAGAUGCUAAGCGAUUGGCUGUGAUUUGUAAAGAAUUUGAAGCUCUUAAGGAUCCAGUGAGGAAGGGGGUUAUUGAAUGUGUAGGUGACAAAGAUGACUGGGUGAACAGUGAGUACAAGUCUCUGGCAUGGAGCUGUAUCAAGAAGGAAAAGAAAUACAGAGAAGCCCUUGAAGCUCUUGAAAUAUUUUGUAAACUGAACCAGGCUCAGUAUGAAUCUACUAAGGAAAUGGCUGCACCAGAAACCAAUAUACCGGAGAAGGUGAGCGAGGCUGUAUUGUCUGAUGGUCAUUCUGAAACAAAAUCUGAAACCGAACAGGGAAGUGACUUGAUUUCUACAGAUAAAGAAGUCGACAUUAAAACGGAGAAAGAUGCUGAAUCUUCGACAAUGGAAGGGCUGAGGAAGACCAGAAGGACCAUCCAGAAGCCAGAACGAUUUGAACAUUCAGCAAAUCAUAUCAAGAAAGGCAAAGGAAAGAACAAGAAAAAAUUAUAAUGGCUGUUUAUUUGAGUGAACUAUUUUCUAUGAUUCUGCAAGUUACAAUGGCUUUUAUCUGUGUUUGAUUUUGAUGGGAUCAUAGUCAUGUGUGAUAUGGAUUAAAUGUUGAUGUUUGGGAGGAUAUUAGUACUAUUUUAUUUCAUUAUGGCAAGGGCCCU